ACACUGUGAAUAUUCAUAAUAAAACAGCCCUUGGUAACUGCCUCAUAGGAAACAAGCUAUUCACUUACACUCGUCAAAAUAGAGUUUGCGGUGAGGCUAGCAGCACUGAAAUCGUUCUGUGGUAUUUGAAAAGGCUUAUAAAGGAGCGAACAUGGGUAGCCCUUACGGUGCCGGAGAGGCCUUUGCUGUGCUGGGUGAGGAUGAGUAUGUGUGUACUCUGCCGCCGGAGGUGAGGAAGGUCGCCUCCAGGGACCUGAUGGAGGACGAGGCCACGAGGGUAGCGGGACUCAAAGCCAUGAGGGAGUUCGUAGCCAGGAACACGGCCAUCACCAAGUGCAGGCUCGACGGGAACUUCUUACUGCGAUUUCUCCGGAUGAAGAAGUACAGAAUCCGCGAAGCUCAAGAACUGCUGGAGAAAUACCUUCACAUGCGGACAGAAAACACACACUGGUUCCAUGGUCUCGAUAUCAAGGACCCUAUGAUUGAAGACCUCAUUGACAGGGGUUACUUCUUCGCUCUCCCUGAGAGGGACGACUCUGGCAGGAGAGUUUUCUUCAGUGUUGCUGGCAGAAUGGACCCAACCAAACACACCACUUCAGAUCAAAUGAAGUCCAUGCAGAUUGCCUUCGAAUCUCUUUUAGAAGAUGAAGAAAAUCAGGUCCGAGGAUUCACGUACAUUUUUGAUGAGAAGGACGUUGGUCUUUCCAUCAUCACACUUUGGUCCCCUGCUGAUGUCACUAAAGCUUUCCAGUGUUGUGAGAAAACCAUUCCCAUGCGCCACAAGGAGAUUCACUUUGUGAAUUUGCCCACUGCUCUGUUUGCAAUUUUUGAAUUUGCUAAAACUCUUCUGUCAGAAAAGAUAAAGAACAGAUUCCAGGUACACAGUGAUGAAUCCAAACUGCGCAAGAAGGUUCCCUUGAGGAUAUUGCCCAAAGAGUAUGGAGGAACAGUUCCCAUGGCUGAGAUGAUCAAAAUGUACAAAAAGGAACUGACAGCUGUAAGGUCUCGUGUACUGAUGUUGGACAAUAUGCACAUUGAGAAGAAAGUCAAGCACAAGAAGAUUGGAAAAGCUAUUAACACAAUCCAGAGGAACUUCAGGAAGCUUGAUAUUGAUUAGUUGUUAUAUUGUAAAAGAAAUCUGUUUUAAUUUUGUUUGUGUUGUUCUCAAGUGAGAAAAAAAGGAAAAGUGUUACAAGUAAUGCGAGUACAAAAAUCAUGACACAGUUAUUCUCUACAUAUUUAUUUGACUUCACUAUGAAAUAAAGGAUGUUUGCCUCACAGCACAAUUAGCCAUGUAACUCAUCCUUUUUCUACUUCUUGUAGAAAAACACUGAGACACUGGUUGACUGUGAAGAAACUACAAGUCUAACAUGUAGUGAAAGAAAAACAGUUAAACACAGUAAUAAGAAAAUAGGUUAUUAAAGGUGUAUAUACAUUAUAUCUUCAAGGACCAUGAUAUUCAGCAAACUGUGUCUGUGAUGGUAUGAAUAUUUAUGUCACAAUCUAAAGUGUGUGAUUAGAAGAAAUGUAAGUGUAGAGGCAUUAGUAAUUUAGAAGCAAUUAUGAGACUGCAACGUGAGUAUCUGCUCAACAUAUGCUGUGCUAAGCAUGCUAUUGAAUACAUCUUGUAUAACACACAAACUGUGUACUUCCAGGUGUUUUUAUAGCAAUUUAUUUCUUCCUGUUGCCUCAAGACACAUUCUAUAUAGAAAAUAAUGACUCAGAAAAAGUGCCAUGAUUAAGGGAAUAUAUCAUCUAUAUAUUAUUAUACCGAUAGUAUGUACAACACAUUCUGACGAGUUCUGUCUAUGCAAUGCCGGGUCUUUCAUAGCGUUAAUAGUGAUAUUCAUAUUGUCAGUAGACCGUCAUUCAUCCAUCACGAACUCUAGUCAUAUUUUAAGAGUUCUUAGCACUCAUUUUCCACAUGUAGAAUACACUAUAUCCAACACUGAUAGAGUGAAGAUUGCAUUACUUGUUAUGCAGUGUCUAGCAGUAUGAUUGCCUUUCAUUGCUGUGUUAAUUUAUAUUUAUUAUCCUGAUAAAGGGGUGAAUGAAUGAGAGACUAUGCAGUUUUUGUGUGUAACUUUAGACAUUUAAGUGUGAAUGCUGUAAUGUAAAUACUUAUCACAGAAAAAAAAUAAAUGCUUAUGAAAGAUUUUA